UCACAUGCAUCUGCCACAUUACAAUUCACCGUGUGUGUGCGUGUGCCACAUGCCGCGGAAUCUUCGGAGGGCCGGUCGUACCAUCCCGCUAAGUAUUUCACGGCAACCCGCCACUUUUCCAGCGUGCGGUACACCCCCUAGUCGCCCGAAAGACGAUAUGUAACAUGGCGUCAGAUCCUGGCUUCUAAAUAUCGCCAGCCCCGAAAGUCCCUUCGUCAGUGCUAAACAGCAGAGAGACCCCCGCACACCUCACACAGCUCUUUUUUUUACGGACGCUCGGAGAGUCGGAGGAUUUCUGCGAAACGCAAUGGACGCCGCGCCUCGCCUGGGACUGUUCUCCAUUCUGCUCCUGCACAUCUGCCUGCCUCAAGUCCUGGUUACCGCGGAGACCCCUCAGGUGCCGGAGUCCAUCUUGCCUCCGACGGAGGUGAUCGCGCAGGAGGCGGAAGUUACCGAGGUGACGCUGAGCGCGCCGGCGGUCGAGCAGGAAGCGGCGGCGCAGGACGUGACGCAGGAAGUGGCGCAGGAAGUGUCACAGGAAGUGACGCCGGACGCCGAAGAGGUCGCGGCGCAGCUCGUCCCGGAGGAUGCGGCGGAGGAGGCCGCGCCCGAAGCCGCCGUCGCCGAAGCAGCGGACGCCGCGGAGCAGGAAGCGGAGGCCAGCGAGGAGGUCAGCCAGGAAGUAGCGGCGGAGCCCGCGGAGGAAGCCGCGCCGGCGGUGGAGGAGCCGGCUCCUGAGGAGGAGGCGCAGGAGGAGGAGGUCGUGGCGGAGGUGGCGGUGGAGGCGGGAGAAGCGGCCGCGGAGGCCACGGCGGAAGUCGCGGGAGACGCCGGGCAGCCGGUCGCGGCUGAGCCCGCUCAGGAGGAGGCGCCGGCGGCGGGGGGGGGGGAGGCCGGCCAGGAGGCCCCGGCCGUGCCGGACGCUGCAGAGGAGGCGCUGGGGGAGGUCAGCCAGGAGGCUGCCGUGGAAGAGGGGGUGGAGGACGGAACGGAGGCCGUGGGGGAGAACGUGGAGGAGGUGGCGGUGGAGGGGACUGAAGAGGGGGCCGCACAGGCAAGUGAGACAGAAGAAGCAGACCUGACUCCCGGGCCAGCUGAUACUUACGUGCCAGCGCAGUCACAGGACCCCGCCAUCCCCGCCGUCCCCGCCGUCGCCCCCGGCCCGCCGGAGGAGACCAACCACGUGGGCGGGGAGAUCAUCCAGGAGUCAAAUGACUUCAACGAGAUCAUCACGUCCAAGGACGAACUCCUCAACCUGGUCCCCGCCGAGCCCGCCCCGACCCCCAAAAACACUGCGGAGGAGGCGGUGGAGGCGGAGGAGGAGGCGGUGGAGGAGGUGGUGGAGGAGGAGGAAGUGGUAGAGGUGGAGGAGGAAGUGAUCCCAGCCACGCCCGUCGUGCCCCUCUUGGAAGAGUUGGGCGAAGAAAGCGAGCUGAUAGAAAUCACAGCCGAGGAGGGAACAGCCUUGGGUCUGGAGGCCUGGAAGAUCGGAGCCAUCUCCGCCGCCGUGUUUCUCUUCCUGGAAACAGUCGUCAUUAUUGUUUACUUCCUCAAGUGCAGGAGAAAAACGGCCAGCGGGGCCGUGCCAGUAAAGGCAUCCGAAGACUGUGAAGCCGCUCAGACUGCCAAUGAGGAGGCCGAGGAGAGCAGCCCAGCCGCCGACGAAGACCAAACACAGCAGAACAAUAUCUCUGAAUCUCUGGAAAUGUCACAGUUUCAACAAGAGGAGACCAUGGCAGACAUUCCUCUAGAUCCUCCUGCAGAGCCUAGUCCCGAGGAACCGGCAAACGAUGUCCGCACCUCUGUUCUGUAGAGGCCCCUCCAUUUCUAACGACCCCCUCCUCCUUUUUCUAAUCCGUAUUUUUGUGAUUUGCCGAGUUACUGUCCGUAUUUGGUGAGAUAAUUCUGUCCUGUGUGGCUAAAUCAACUGUAGCUAACUCAUUGUGCAAGAAGAAAAAAAAAAUUGUUGCAUUGUCUACUGUUAAAUGUUUGUUUGUUGAUACAAGGUGUAAAGAUGCAGUUUCUUGUCCCUGCAUAGCUACUUAUAUCCGUUUGUUUAAUUAUUGUACCGUGUUUCUCGUUGCAUGUGCCUUAACAACAGGGUACAUCCGUGUGUUGCUACGGCUGUGCAGUUAUUUGCAUAAUUCAAGUUACCUCAUGUUUCAGCUAAAUGCACCCACUCUGACCUCUGUCCUGAAAAAGACAUAAACUGACAUACAAACAUACACAUCUGCACGUCCACAAGCGAACACACAUAUGCAUCCAUACAUGUACACACACACACGCACACACACACACAAACACACACAGUUGUAUAUGCACACAUACUCACUCUCUCUCUCUCUCUCUCUCUCACACACACACACACACACACACAGUUGUAUAUGCACACAUACUCACUCUCUCUCUCUCUCUCUCUCUCUCUCUCUCUCUCUCUCACACACACACACACACACACUGUAAAAUGUAAUAUACUGAAUUGUGGAAAAGGGAAUAAUUAUUUGUUACUGGGUCCACCUGUGAACUGCUGUAGUUCAGGGAAGUUAACACAAAAAAAAAAUUAUAGCAAGUACUGUAGGUCUAAGUGUAAAAAGCAGUAUACGUGAUAUAUUUUUAACUACAUCAUGUACAGUUUAAGUACCAUAGUACCACUGGCUGUACUGGUAUAUGGAUGUCUACAUUUAUACCACAGUGUUAGAAUCCAGACCUGGAAGAAUGCAGUGUCUGCAAGUUCUUGACACCUUUCAGCACCGGUGAUUAGAUUAAGUUAUUGGUUGGCAAGAAAAUUUACACACCUUGAGCUCAAUAUUUAAACUGUCUGCUGAUUGAAAUGGAACCACAAAUACCAGCAGACAUUGCAGUCUUCCAGGAACUGAGUUUGAGCCCUCUGAUUUAUACCCUGUCCCAAACUCGCAUGUUGAUAAAAUACAAAAUUAAAAACUUUUCAAAAA